AUUUAGUGACCGAUAAUAAGUUGUAGCAGACGAAAUAUGUUUUUAAGAAAUUUCCCGAAAACUACGCGCUUGCUACGAUAUUUUACAAGUAAUCUUGAUGCACAAACUGCAGGAGAGAUAAAGAUGAUUCGCAUUUUGAGAAAUCGAUUUCCUGAAGCCUCCGAAAUCGAAGUUAAAGAUAUUUCUGGAGGAUGUGGUAGCAUGUUUGCUAUAUUUAUAGAAGACAAAGUCUUUGAAGGAAAAAAAACUAUAGCACAGCACCGACUAGUUAAUGAAGCACUCAAGUAUGAAAUCAAAGAACUGCACGGUCUUCGAAUUGUUACAACUGUUCCCAAUAAAGUCGUAUCAUAAGAAAAAUCAAGAUUCAAUAUUAUCCGGCAAUCUUUCCGGUAAUUUAUACUCAUCAGCACUUCCCGCAAAAAAAGACGGCUCGGCGUUUUGAGACACCCUAGGUAAUAACGGAGGUUCAAAGAAUAGAUUCUUUUUUUCCGAUUCUUCUGAGGCUGUUUUUCUGCAGCUGAUAAAACUUGGAAAAGGAUUCUUGUACAGAGUAGCUUUUUUUUUUAUCCUUUGAGGUAAUAGCUCUUCACUAAUUAGCCCAGAUGUCAAUUUACAAUUAAGAUCCCGAAUGUUUGUAAAAAACGCAUAAGACUCCUUCCCGUUUUUGACUGAAUCAUUUUUGCUGCUCAAUAUAGGCUUUGCAGAGUAUGAUCUUCGUUUCGACAAGUGAGCAAUCUAGAUUAUAGGGAAACGUUUAAAAGAGACUAAAGCACAAAUAUUUAGAAACACUAACCGGAAAAGUAGCAGGCGAAAUCUCCCCUCGCGCUACCCCGUCUUCAAUACUUUCCGGAGCUUCCUUUGGAAGAUUUUUUGCAGCAAGUAUUGCUGUUGCCAAAUUUUUUUCACUUAACCUCAUAGUAGAAGGAUAGUUUGCAGCGAAAUCUGCGCUCUUUUUUCUUUGUAAAGAUCUUUCACACUUGUAGCAAUGUCGAGAUCCAAGAAUUUUGCAAUAGUGCUGUUGCUCUAAUCGAGCUAGACAAGUCUUUGGUCUCUCUUUUCGAGAACAUCUCUCCACCAAUUCUCUUUUAUUGUCUUUAAAUUUGACUGUUUGCAGGUGAAUGAGCAAAUCGGCUGGUGUAAUAGGCUCCAUUCAGCAAAAUAGACAGUUGAAUUUCGUUUACACAAUUUCUAUCGAUUUGCCCAAACAAAGCUGUUAUUGAUUUUUCGAUAUUCAAUCGACUUUCGUUGUUUGCUUAAAACGUAUGAAGAACUUUGUUUUUUAGAGGCCUUUCUAUUUAACCAAGUAUACUUAAAUUUAUGAGAUAUUCACAUUAGAUUUACAUUCUCUAACAGUUACGAAUUGUUCGAGGAAGUAAGUUUGAAAAGAUUUACGUAAAUAAAUGGGACGAUACUUUGUAUGUGAGAUAUUAACGAAAGUACUAAAAAUAUUGAUGUUAAGAGAUAAAAUCUCUGGACAAAACCUAAUAUUUUAUAGACUGAUGAAAUUCAGUUGAGGGGAAAUAAAUUUAAUUUAUUUUUAAUAAAGGGUUUGUUAAAUAUUGCUGCAGUUUACAAAUAUAAUCAAUAUACUGUAGAUAAACUUGUACACAGUACAUAGAAUAGUGUUCGUUAAAUGAAAAUAUUCAAGUCUGAAGCAGGAAAAUUUCCUAUUUGUAAAUGGAUAUGACUAAAAUUUUAGAACGUCCUUUCUGUUUCGUCAUCUCCCUGAUAUACAAUAUGAAUAGCUGUAUCUUUUUGGGGAGGCUCAUCCUCAUGAACUAUAACAGGUGUUGGUGGUCUUUCCCCCUUCUUAUUUACUUCCUCGAGCCACUCAUAUAUUCUUCUUUUUUGAUCAGAUUCAAUGUGGAGAGAAUUUUCGUUUUUCUCCACCAAAAAGUCGGGCUGUGACUGAGAGUGUUUAAGCCCUUUUUGUUUAUUUUGGGUACCGCCAGCCCGACGUGCAACAUGGCUUUUAUGUAAAGACUGUUCUGAUGGAUAUUUAGUUAGCUGGACAUUCCUGCUUGUUUUUUGAGUGAGUGUUGUAUUCUGCCUUUCCAUUCUUGCGAGAUUCGAGUUCGAUGGUGUUCUCCUGACAAUCCUUUUAGGAGACUGUUUCCUGGAUAGUGAUGAACGUCUCCCAUUUGAUUCAACUAAUUUUCCUAUUUGACCACUUGAUAAACCAGAUGCAGGACGGUUAUUAAUAGGGGGUAGAGCUUCUCCGCAAUUUCCAAUCCCAAGACUUACUGAUUCGUCCGAGACGGUUGUUCCCCGGCCAUUCAAGCGAUGAAAAGACUCGUCGUGAGAUGAGUGAGAGGAUAAUUUUGAGUCGAUUUUUU